UUCGAGGAAGUGACGCGCGCAUGAGACUGGGCGAAGGAAGUUUGCUCCGUGGUACUGAACGAAACUUUUCCCCGGAGCUACAGUGGGAGAUCAGAACAAUCCUGGAGAAUUGUGUUGCUGGGAGAGUGAUCCAGUCGUGCAGGGAACCAUUGUUUUUCUCAGUACGUCUGUGAGAUUGGUAGAGGACCGCAAAGGAUUUUUUUCUCCCGUCUAACCCCCUACUCUAUCCGAGAUGGGGAAGGAGCAGGAACUCCUAGAGGCGGCGCGCACUGGAAAUCUUGCCGCUGUGGAAAAGCUUCUUUCUGGGAAACGACAAUCGACUGGAAGUGGCAGUGGAUCAUCGGGGACUGGUGGAAGCAGCAAUAUCAGUGGUCACAAUGCUUCUCACCCGCUGUCCAGCCUUCUCAGUAUCUGGAGGGGUCCUAAUGUAAACUGUGUGGACAGCACUGGAUACACUCCUCUACACCAUGCUGCCCUAAAUGGACACAGUGAGGUAGUGGAGGCGCUGCUACGUAACGAGGCCUUGACCAACAUCGCUGACAAUAAGGGCUGCUACCCCCUGCACCUGGCCGCAUGGAAGGGGGACCAAAGGAUCGUCAGGCUACUCAUUCACCAAGGCCCCUCACACCCCAAACUCAACGAGCAGAGCUCCUCUGUAGAGCACAAAGAGUUGAAACGCUGUGGGCCAUUUGACCUGCAUAUUAAUGCCAAGAACAACGACAACGAGACCCCCCUCCACUGUGCCGCCCAGUACGGCCACACCCAGGUGGUGCGUCUGCUGCUGGAGGAGCUGACCGACCCCACCAUGAGGAACAACAAGUUUGAGACGCCACUGGACCUGGCGGCGCUCUACGGCCGCCUGGAGGUGGUCAAGCUGCUGCUCACCGCCCACCCCAACCUGCUCUGCUGCAACACCAAGAAACACACGCCGCUGCACCUGGCCUCACGCAACGGACACCUGGCCGUGGUGGAGGUGCUGCUGGCGGCCGGCAUGGACAUCAACUAUGAGACGGAGAAGGGCAGCGCCCUCCAUGAAGCAGCUCUCUUCGGGAAGACUGACGUGGUGCAGAAACUUCUGCGUGCAGGGGUUAAUGUGAACAUGGUGGACAGCAAGGGCCUGACAGCGCUGGACACUGUCAGAGAAAUGCCCUCUCAGAAGAGCCGACAGAUAGCAGCUCUAAUCCUGGGCCAUAUGUCAGGAAAUCCCCCUGUUUUACACUUGCCUCCUCCCCCUGUCCCUCCACCUAAUGAGAGCCCUAGCCCUCGGAAAAAAGGUGAGCUGGGGGUGGUGAGUGAGCUGAUCUCGGGGCUGGCCCCGAGGCCUGAGGAGGAGAGCCCGUAUGAGGCUCUGUUCGAGGCCACUUCCUGUCACUCUCUGGACAGUCUGACCAGUGGCAAGUCCUCCGACAGGGACUCUGGACGACCUGAUAGUGAAGCCGGAAAGAAAGACCGGCUUGCUCACCAAUCCCAGCAUGCCCCUGGCCAGGAAGAGGAGCUUAACUCAGAGGCCCUGUACACAAACAGCAGCAUCGAUGAGAGAGGGGAGGAGGAGGUGGAUCACACGUAUGAAUUGCUGCUCUCCGCCCAGACAGAAGUCCCCCAGUCCGCACAGGACCCCCCAUCACAGAAAUGUACAGAUGAGAACGCUACCUCCCAACAGUCUUCCAACAGUCUUCUACCUCAGCAGCGGAAGCCCACUGCCCCUAGUGAUCUCGGACCUUCAGGCCAGACGGGCGACACCCUGAAGCUCCCCGGACCUCCUGUGGUUGGGCCGGGACGGACUGGCCUCGGCCUCACUGGUGAUAACUCCUUGCUCGGCCAGGACCUGGUCGCAGUACCUGAAGUGUUCACAGGCCUCCUGCACGGAUCCUCGCCCGUCUUUGACUGUCGGGAGGAGUCCAUCAGCAGCCUGCCAGGUGGAGUACUGACACAGUCCAGCCAAGGCCAACAGCCGGCGCCAGCUCCAACAGCACCCGCCAAAGCAACAGAAGCUCCGCCUCCUCCAAACAAUCCAAUCGACAUGUCUGCCGUCCUGACAGACUGUGACCCCAAAGCUAUCUAUGCCACCGUGUCCAAGGGGGAGCCCAGGGACAGAGACAGGGACAUGGGGUCUGGGGCUGUGCCUGCUGGCAGGAUGCGCCCCCCUGGGGAUUUGAAGCUGGCUCGCAGCUUUUCCAAGUCGGACUCAGACCUGCUGGUGUCGCCGCCUAGCGAGGAGGAGGGAGGGCUGGGCAGCCGCAGUGAGUCCGUCUCGAACUGCAGCGCAGCCAAAAAGAGGCUGGAGAAGUCGCCCUCGUUUGCCUCUGAAUGGGACGAGAUUGAGAAGAUCAUGACGUUGAUUGGAGCAGGCAUUGAUUUCUCUAGAGACCAGCAGUACUCUACCCCAGGUGGGGCAGCUGGUCAGCUGCUGGACCAGCCCGUGGGAGACUGGCUGGAGCACGUGGGGCUGCCGCAGUACGAGAGCAAGCUGCUGCUCAAUGGCUUCGACGACCUGCACUACAUGGGUAGUAAUGUGAUGGAGGAGCAGGACCUGAGGGAGAUAGGCAUCACAGACGCAGGACAUCGGAGGAAGAUCCUGCAUGCAGCUCGAUCCCUACCUAAGGUGAAGGCCCUGGGCUGUGACGGCAGCAGCUCUCUGUCCUCCUGGCUGGACCUCCUGGGCCUGCAGGAGUACCAACACAGCUUCCUGUCCAGCGGAUACCGUAGCCUCGACUGUGUCAAGAACCUGUGGGAACUGGAGAUUGUCAACGUGCUGAAGAUCUCCCUGUUGGGACACAGGAAACGGAUCAUCGCCUCGCUGGCAGAGCAGCCUUAUGAGGAACCUCCUGUCAAGCCCCCCCGCCUGUCCCAGAUCAGGUGUCAGGACCUGGUAUCCCAGACCUCCUCUCCCAUCAGUCACAUGGACUCCUAUACGGGCCGCUCCAUGGACCCCAUCCUGCCCCUGGGGGAGCCUGGGGGGAGGAAGGGGCCCAACACCGAAUACGAUGUGGCCCCCCACCGUUCCCGCAGUGAACGACACCGAUCACAUGAGAGGUAUGAGGAGCGGCAUGAGCCUCGUCUGACCCUGCGACCCCCCAGCAUGGCAGCACCCUACACCCCUGUACAGAACUGGCACCACCAGCCUGAGAAGCUCAUCUUUGAAUCCUGUGGAUAUGAAGCCAAUUACCUGGGAUCUAUGCUCAUCAAGGAGCUACGGGGGACCGAGUCCACCCAGGAUGCCUGUGCCAAAAUGAGGAGGUCAACAGAGCAGAUGAAGAAGGUCCCCACUAUCGUCCUCUCCAUCACCUAUAAAGGGGUGAAGUUCAUUGAUGCGGCCAAUAAGAACAUCAUUGCAGAACAUGAAAUCCGGAACAUCUCGUGCGCGGCCCAGGACCCAGAGGAUCUGUGCACGUUUGCCUACAUCACCAAGGACCUGCAGACCAACCACCACUACUGCCAUGUGUUCAGCACAGUGGACGUGAACCUGACCUAUGAAAUCAUCCUGACGCUGGGACAGGCAUUUGAGGUGGCCUAUCAGUUAGCUCUCCAGGCCCAGAGGACCAAACAGCACCAGGGCAUCCCAGCAGGACCCGGGGCAGAGGUCAUCGAGACCAAAUCCAGCCGGCCCGUUCCCAAACCACGGGGUGGCGUAAGGAAAUCAGGGGACUCUCCUCUCCUGCUGGACAGUCGCUCCUGCUGUUACUGUCUCACCUGCACCACCCACCGUCCCUCCUUCCUCCCACUGUACCACUCUGCCAGCCCUGUUGCCCAGCAGGUGGACCCGUUGGAGCUGGAAGUGGACUCCCAGUCCCAGGGCAGCACCACGUGGCUGGUGGACCCUGUCCCCAAAGACUCCAAGAGGACCAUCAGCACUAACUGACUACCAUGACCGGACACCCAGCCAGAGUGAGAGGUCAGGGGUGACCCAUACCUAUGGGGUUGUGUUGUGUGGCAGGAUGCAUUUUUGGAAGCAGGAGAAAGGCCACUGUCCAUGCACCCUUCCUACCAGUACCACUGGAGACAUGCUUACAUACACCAGGAGGGCCCUACCUCCUCCCUGACACCCCUGGACCUCUCCUCAUGCUCCACUCCUUCUCACCUCCACUGAGGUGUUCAGCUCCAGGGGUCAGCGCUGUAGUUCUGUAUCACACAGACAGGAAGUCAGCCCCCAAGCAGUAGGCCCAAACAACCAACAUCCUCACUGCAUCCACUUACUUACACGGGAAAAUGGACUCAACGUGUCAAAGCUUGUUCAGUUAUCCAGAGACUGAAAGGUGGGUGUUUGUUUGGUAGGCAUCUCUUUCAAUGUGAAGCACUCGACUUUAACAUCCCUCCUUUUCUGUUUUUAUUUUUUACAAAUGUAAACAUGUUUAUCCUUGACAGGCCAGUGAAUGCUGUUCAGACAGUGUAUUUUAUCUACGGGGGUUCGAGAGUGUCUUGUUCCCAGUUGUUGUUUUUCCCUGACAUUUUGUGACUUGUGUAUCCAUUCCAUGAGAGUUGAAGAUGGAUGCUUCUCUAGAUCGAUCCCUCAGAGGGGCCUUUCCCAUACACGUGUAUGUGUCUUCGCUGAGGGCUACGCUAAGCUAAUGUUUACUCUGACAGGGAAUUUUAUUAAGGUACAGACAGUGGUAAUCAACAUAAAAAUAUAUUUUUGAGAAAAGAAGUAGAGAUCUACCUGGAUAUCUCACUGGGAAAUGGGAGACAGAUUUAGAUAAAGGAAUGCAUUAAAGUUGUCCUCGGUAUGCUAUGCUCACUAGGGUACGAUUGGGUAGAAUAAUUACCAUAUGAGAUUCAGCAGUACACUCACAGGCUUUCUCAUGUCCAUCCAUUCAAGCACCGAGUCAGUUACAUCAAAGCAUCGCUUUAUUUUCAUUUUCUCAUUCAUAACAUACAGAACUGUGAUAGUUAAUGUAAUAGUGUACAGGAGGAAUAAUCUGACAUGGAUGAAGUUUGGAGGGCUGUUCAACUGACACUACAGCAACUUUUAAAAACAGGGGGUGUCUUUUGUAUGUUUAAACUGUUCAGUUACUGGAAACUAUAGGACCUGUUAGGAGGUACUGUGAUGGCCUUUUAUCCCCCCUGAAUCGAUUUGAUUUAUUUUAAACUAGUCAAUCCAGAAAACCAGUCCUGUAAGAUUUUAGGUACAAUAUGGUACACAGUGUUUUCUCCCUAUAUGGUAUCUCUCCUGGUACGUUGACUGUUUUCUGUUUUGGGUACUCUGUGUUCAGCUGGAGUGUUGCGCCUCUGUGGGUACAUAGACUAGCUAUAUGGUACUCACUCUAUAUGAUACAGCUGUCUUUAGCUGGUUGAUGUGAGCACCUGCAGCUAUCAACCUGGUCCUGUCUCCGCGUUUGCACAUAAGGAUCAUGGGUAGUACAAUGGGACUAUUCUGAUGAUAUUAAUGAAGACUAUGAUGAUGAUAACAAUGAUAUUGGAUUGUAAAUUAAUCUCUAGCAGUCUGUAUUUUGAUACUUGAAUGAUUUUGUUUUUAUAGAUAUCUAUGUAUAUACGUAUGUAAUUGUUUUGCCACAUUUGUAAAAAAGGACUGUCUUAUUAAGUUCAACAUAUCAUGAUACUGUUAGGUUCUAAUUUUGAGUAAAUCACUCACGGACACUAGAGAAGCUUAACCAAGUUUAAAUCUUCCCAAAGGGUUGUUACAGCUGUAAUUCAGACACAGACAUGGCUUCCCCAGUGGUAGUAUUCAUACCCAACCUUGGGUGGAGUCUCCUUAUCUCGAAACAUUGCAUCAUUCUUGCUAAUCAGGGAGCAAAGUGACAUGAGCCUUCAACGGUUUCUCCCCUUAUCAGUACUGCCACAUGUGAUCGUGUUCCCUGCACUCAGCCCCUCCCAAGCUUCAUUAUGGCUCCCCUCAUGUCUCUUUAGUACCUAAUGUUCCUAUACUUCUGAGUAUAACAAUGUUCAAAGUUUCACCCCUGCUUCCAACAAUACCCAACGAUUGAAAACGGGCCGAGAGAAAGAACUCAGAGGGACAUCACUACAGAAACAAAGAAAAAAGAUUGUAAAUUACCUUUGGGCUUCCAGUCCUUUUUUAUGGUUAUUAUUUUUCAUAAUUGUACAACUAAUAAAUGAAGAAAUUAUUAA